UUUGACAUUGACAGCUACUUACUGUCAAAAAAUUUAGAGCAGUGGUAAACGAAAUAAUGCGAAACCUAUAUUUUCAAUUAAAAGGAAUUAAUUAAUAAUUACACAGAAAUGGUAGCGUUUUACAGAGGCUGGCGCUAUGCCGCAUUCCUAACAGGAUUCGCUGGGUUUAUAGGACUUGCGCUUUAUCCGAUAGUAAUCAGUCCAAUGAUGGAUGUUUCAGAAUACAAAAAAAUACAAAAAGAAACUAGAAAAAAUAUAAGACAAGAAGAUAUCCAACCUGGAAAUAUGAAAGUUUGGUCAGAUCCAUUUGAUCGUAAGAAACCAACAGCAGAAUAGGAAUAGUGUUGUAAAUAGUGUAUUAUAAUUUUGUUAGAUGUUGUUUAGUUAACAAUAAAUUCCGAAAACCA